GAAACAAAAACCAACAAGCAGAAAAAGAAAAUAAAACACACAAAAAAAAAUAACCACAACUAACAAUUAACUUUAAGCUUCAUCAUCCAUUUAUGUUAUUAUUUACAAGGGAAUUAUUUUAAAAACGAUUAUGCUAUAUUUUCCUUUGCUUCAUUUUGGGUGAAAACAAAAGCGAAAUUCACCUUUCUCUGCCACCCAAACUAAUUGCCAUAGUAACCUGACUUAGUAAACUCAUUUGCCUAAUCCAGCCCGAUCUAUCUUCUUUAAACACCUGUAACAUCCUUCAAAAACAUUCAAUCAAAUUUUCACUCUACCAUGAUGGAAACGGAAUAUUUGGGACAACAUUUCUGAUUUUGGGUUACUAUUUUAGGGUGUUUACCCCCAAUUCUCACUCAAUCUUUCCUGUUUCUUUCCCUCCAUUUCUCUCUCUCUCUUUCUUUCUUUCUUUCUUUCUCUCUCUCUCUCUCUCUCUCUCUUUCUCUAUCUCCUUCCCUCUUCAACUGAACACCUUAAUCAAUAUGGCAGCCAGAAACAGUACAUAUAUAGAAGACGAAGAAGAAGAAGAUGAACCAGAGGAAAUACCUGAAAUAUUCGAGAGGAAUAUCUCACAGGCAAGGCCAGUGUAUGGAAGCAUCAUUCGUGAUAACAGAAAAAUGCCUGCCGACGCUGUUUAUGCUUCGACAUCAAGAGAAAUUUACCCAAAGAACAGGUACUAUUCUACAGAAUCAUCAAGUUAUUGUGGUUUUCCAGGCAGCCUAACCAUGACAUCAGUUUCAGAGGAAUCUGUUAUGGAUGAUGAAGAACUUUUGUACAGAGUUUAUGAGAGGCUGCCCUUAAAAGACUUUUCCCAAGAGAUCCGUGCACACCGUGACGUGGAUAACUAUUUGUGUAACACAUUGCUGUUGCUAGAUAUAGAGGAGAGCAAUAUGGAAGAUAUUGUCCAGUUGAUGAUUGAUAAAGUUUUGGAAACACAAACGAAGCAAAAUCUCAAUAUGGCUGACCUCAUGAAAACCAUAUUUGCAAUGCAAAGAGUGGACCUCCUCAGCAGAACCAUUCAAGGAGUGAAGUUUUCUCAGCUGAACACACUUCAAUAUGACCAUACUUGGCUCUGUAUGUUAUGUGAGUGGCCAACGGUGAUAAAAAGACAUACAGUGAUAGCCAGACUUCUUCAUCCGGUCAAUAUGGGCUGCACCAGUCAAGAAGUCGUCUUUGUGAUUUUGGUUGUGGCUUCCAACAAAGAGAAAAGUACAAAAUCUGUGGUGGAAACUGCACGUACAUUUUGUACUUUGUUUGCUGAUAUGGACUGCCGAUGUCGCCUGCUUGAAGCUAAGAAUGAUGAAGAUUUCCGGAAUAUCUUGAAAGAAGAAACACGCAUGCUGUUUAGUAAGUUCAUCAGAAACUCGAAAAUAACCCUAAAAACUUGUUUAACAAAAACUGAACCAGAAGAGGAUGAGAAGAAAUAUGCAAUUUGUCAAGGAAUUAAAGAGGAUCUGAAACGCCGACUCAAACAUUAUAUGUCUGAUUACAAAGAUGGUUUAAAUGGAAAAAAGGCCCUUCGGAAAGUUGUUCCAGCUUCCCUUUUCCUGUAUUUUGCUUGUAUUCUUCCAAAUGUUGCAUAUGGAAUGAUAAUCAGCAAUGAUACGCAUGGAGCAAUAGAUAUACAACACGUAUUAUUGGGUCAGUUUUUGGCUGGUAUUCUCUUUAGUUUGAUAGGAGGUCAAACCAUGAACAUAUUGUUAACUACAGCACCACUGACAUUAUUCACCAGAGUUGUAGCCAACAUCUGUGACGACUUCGGCAUUGAUUUCCUUGGAAUGUUUGCUUGCGUUGGUAUUUGGAGUUCAAUCUUCCUCAUUUCAUACUCCAUUUUUGGUUUCUGCAACCUCUUGAAAUGGUCAACCAGAUCCACAGAAGACAUUUUCUACACAUUUGUUUCAUUAAUAUUUUUUACAGAGGCUAUGAGAGAGAUGUAUAAAAGUUUCCAACAACAUUACUUUCCUUGUCAAGCUGAUAUACACUCGGCAAGCCAAUGGAAUACAACCUUGAAUUCCGACACUAAUGGUCACCCUCGCUUCAGUGCCAUUCCUCGAAAUAAACAGCCACACUCGAGUGUCAUGAAGGUGGAUCAACUAUGUCAGCAGGAGACAAGUAUUUUGUUCAUAUUUCUAAUGACUGCAACACUAUGGUUGGCAACAACGCUUUCCAACUUCACGAAAACACCUUAUUUAAGUGCACAAAAAAGACAGCUGCUGGCUGAUUAUGCAAUUCCACUGACAAUUUUGAUUAUGACAAUAGUGUCAACAAUAUUCUCAAGCAUCUACAGUAAGUUCUGGGCAAAUUUUUACAUUUACCUACCUAUCGAGAAAAAAAAAAGUUUCAAAAUUAACUUUUACUUUUUUUUUUCUUAUACAGUGGAACCAUUAUUACUACCAUCAAAUGUUACACUUGGUCCGGCACCUUUAUACAAACUUUCAGCUGGAGCAGUUGUUACCUCUUUCUUCCUUGGCUUCAGUCUCUCAUUACUGUUUUUCAUCAAUCAUAACAUCUCAAGUGCUCAAAUUAACAAUGCAACAUACAAACUUAAGAAAGGAUCAGCCUAUCACUGGGAUUUACUUGUUAUAGCUAUCAUAAACAUUAUGUUAUCAAUCAUUGGAUGUCCAUGGAUGCAUGUAGCCCUCCCAGUAUCUUCACAACAUGUCAAGAGUAUGGCUCAGAUGGAAGAACGAGUUGAGCAAGGAAGUAUACAUCAAAUCAUUGUACAGGUCAGAGAAACCCGUGUAACCAGCCUUAUCUGCUACAUGAUGCUUGGCCUAUCCCUUUUGCUGCUGCCUCAUCCACUCGCAGAUAUCCCAAGACCAGUGUUGUGUGGAUAUUUUCUCUAUAUGGCAAUCAUAUUUCUUUCAGACAGACAACUUAUCGACAGAUUUCUACUCCUAAUAACCGAACAGUCAUCCUAUCCACCAAGUCAUUACAUCAGACGAGUGCCACAGAGAGAUAUCCACAAAUAUACAUUUUCCCAGAUGGCUCAACUUCUAUUUUUAUGUAUUUUUGGUCUUGUUCCAGUUCCUUACAUACAAAUGUUCUUCCCAAUGGUAAUGGUCUCUCUUGUUUUUAUCAGACACAUGUUAGUACCCAAGGUUGUGGAGAAGAAACAUCUCGCUGUACUUGACUAAUACCUGCUGGGCAACAAAUGAAAAUUACUGAAAAUAAAAAU